AUGGCUUACGACUUAGGCUCUCUAGGUCAACAGACGACUCUCUCAAUAGCACUGUUAGGGAUAGGAGUAUUUUCUUUAGCGUCUGUGAUCUACACGUUAACACGGACCCUCCUCAGCACUUUCGUACUGCCAGGUAAAUCUCUUUCUACAUUCGGACCUCAAGGAUCUUGGGCCAUCGUUACAGGUGCUUCCGAUGGCCUAGGUAAAGAGUUCGCUUCUCAACUUGCUGCAAGAGGAUUCAACCUGAUACUUGCCUCCCGCACUCAAAGUAAGCUUGACGAUGUCGCAAAGACGAUCAAGAGCAAGCAUGCCUCUACCCAGGUCGAAACACUGGCGAUCGACUUCUCCAAGCCAACAGCAGACGACUACAGGAAAUUUGAGGCUCUACUGGUUGGGAGAACAGUCGCAAUAUUGAUCAACAAUGUGGGACAAAGUCAUAGUAUUCCUGUGCCCUUUGCAGAAACUGAGAGUCAAGAGAUUGAGAAUAUCAUCAACAUCAACUGCCAGGCGACAUUGCGAGUCACUCAGCUUGUCCUACCACAGAUGCUGCCAAACAAAAAAGGCCUGAUCCUGACAAUGGGCAGCUUCGGUGGUCUGACACCGACACCACUUCUAGCUACCUACUCCGGUAGUAAAGCAUUUCUGCAACAGUGGUCGAAUGCGCUUGCAUCUGAGCUGGAGGACAAGGGCAUUACAGUGCACUUUGUUCAGGCCUAUUUGAUCACUUCUGCAAUGAGCAAGAUCAAACGUGCAAGUCUGAUUGUGCCUAGUGAGAGAGCAUUCGUCAAGUCCGCACUUUCCAAAAUUGGGAGAAGAGGUGGAAGCGUUGGAUACAGCUAUAGCGGAAGCCCUUACUGGAGCCAUGCCGUUGCCGCAUUCGGUAUCACGUAUCUGCUUGGUCCGAUGAAUGGCUUCCUGCUUGGUAUCAACAAGAGCAUGCACGUCGAUAUUAGGAAGAGAGCGUUACGAAAAGCUGAGAGAGAUCGACAACAGGGGAAGAAGGAAUCAUACUUUACAUAUGCUCCUAACACACAGCCAAGCAUCAUCGAUCACGAUGUGCACUUCCGUCCUGGAAUCGGCAGUGAUGGUCGUACAGAGACUUAUACCCCGAGAACCAUAAUCUACGACCUAAAAGGAGGCUUCGGCACGUUGAGGCAACGAAAUGUGCUCUACGAUGACAUACCGGCAAAUCAACAACAAACAUCAACCUCUGCGUGGAGUGAGAACGGAUUUACUACAAUCAAGCAGCAGCCAAUCCAGCAGAAUCGAUACCAACAAGAUCUAGAUGCCGGGCUACCUACCAGACAGCUGAAGAGCAGCGACGUGCGAUAUUGGAGCGACUUCAACAGAGUCUUCUUUCAUCCGAGGAGUAUCGUACAGUUAAGCGAGUAUACACUCAACGACUCAAUACGACCAUUCGAGAACUGGGCCGCGGGAGAAGACCUGUGGCGAGACAUAGACAGAGGAAGUGGAGGAUUGCUCGAUCGAGAUGUGAGGCUCUUUGUGGAAGAAUGUGAUAGUCUCCAGGGGUUUCAGCUUUAUUCCGGAGUGGACGAUGCGUGGGGUGGGUGGUGUUCGAGAUAUGUCGAUGCGCUUCGAGACGAGUUUGGGAAGAAAAGCGUCUGGGUCUGGGCACUAGAAGACAAUGAAGAGCAGCAACGAGAGAAAAGAAUAGCGAGCAAGGCCAAUGCGGCGAGAUCGAUGAGUGGGAUGAGGGAUCUGGUCAACGGAUACAUUGGUUUAUCUUCACGGCCAGAAAAUUUGCCUGGCUAUACCAGGCUGGGCAAGAGCGAGUGGGAAUCAACAGGACUUAUAGCAGCUGCGGUGGAAAGUGUCACAUUAGCUAUGAGGCUACGUUCAGAUGCGCCCAGGACAAGCUCGAUGGCACACUUUGAGCAGGUACUUGGUGCAAACGAGGAAAGGAAUAUGUGGCAGUUGGGUGUGAGGGUCGAUUCAGAUGACAGGAAACAGCAGACCACCAAUGGACAGACGGCCGCAUCGCAGGAGAAGGCAGAAGAUGAGGCGGAUGCUGAAGACACCACAACUUUUGACAUUAACUUUAUGCCCAACAUCUCGUCUUUAAUGCCGAAUACUUUAGCUCAAGGCAGUCGGCGAACAGGACGCAAACAUAUUUUCGCUCAGAUCAACACUUCCAGAACAUCGCGCGACCAGCACAACGAUCCACAUCCCUCCGCACUCAGCCAGGAGGAGCUGUUGCGCAGGCGAUACAACGAGGAGGCCAUUGUCGAGUCCUUCCAUGUGCCCUUGGGGUUCCCGCGGCUGGAUGCAUAUCCAGCUGGUUUGUUCGACUUCCCGGAGGACCAGACAACAGGUGAUAGGCGGAAAAUUUCCUUGACUGCUGGCUUUACGACUAGCUCAAAGGCGAACGAGAGAAUAUUGAAUUUGAGAGAUCUGGUAACGAGACACAGUAGAGCUGUCGCUGUGGACGAUAGGGAAGAGCUGUAUAACGGACUUACGGAGGUUGCACAGCGAUAUGCUCAUGGAUGGGAUAGUGGUAGUGAAAGUGAGGAUGACUGA